ACACAUGCAACAAACCACGCCCGCGCGGCACCUCGUCUCGCGCGCCUCAGCAGCAUUGUAUUUGCGGUAGAGCAGGCAAAAGUUGUCAGUCUCCAUUGGCUUUUAUAGCGGACUUUACAAUCGCGUUUUUUGGUAGUAUUUAGUUACAUUUAAGCCAGGUAGUAUUUGUAGUGGAUGUUAGCGUCCUCGAAAACUAGAUUGACGCCUUUAAAGCAGCUGCCGAGGUCACCAGCUGAGCCACACUACUACCAAAGGUUACGGUGGACAAGAUAGUGCUGGGCGCCCUUUGGGGUUUAAAGUUUGGCUAGCAGUAGCAUCACUUGCAGGUAGUUGGCUCCAUAUCUUAACAAGUUUGGUCACAAUGGCAGCCGUGUGCCAGUCCCGACGUGCCUUGAUGGAAAUACCUGCUCCACAGCCCAAAAUUGCAGCUCGAAUGAGAAGGUCCUAUCUAGAAAUUCUAAGUGCACGUUUGGCUCCAUCCCCAUUUCCAAGAUGGAGAAACUCAACUUCAAACACAAAACGUGUGCACUCAUUGGACUUGUCCAUUGGUGGGGUGUGGACUGGGAGGAUAGAAGAGCAGCAGCAAUGUGAGAAGAUGGACGAGCACCAUCUCUCCAAACAGCAGCUUGUACAGCUAAUCAGAUCCCUCAUCUUAGUUGAACAGAGCCAGGAGCCCAGGAUCCUAGCAUCCGACUUGAAGUAUCUCCAGGAAGACCUGCAACUAAAGAAAGCAAAUGUUUACCGGUCCAUACCCUAUUCACGGCUUGGCUCCAACAGGGAUGCUCACUGCUACAGAAAAGCAUAUCCUCAUCUGGUGGCCUUCAAAGUUUCGUGUCAGGAGUGGGGCCAAGUUCUUCUGAGGAACAAAGAGUGGGACGCUGUGUUGGAGCACACUUUGUUGGCAUGGCGCUACACAAGUGAGUUGCCACAGUGGGAUACAGCAAACCAUAAUGCUCUGCAAGAACAGUGUUACAGCAUUUUGGCAGCUCACAGCCUCACUGCUCUCCAACACUACCACCCUGGACCAGACAGAGGACGCGAGCUGCUCCGAAGGUUGAAUAUGGCUCAGUUGCACAGCCAGUCAAUUGUGCCAUGUACUCAGGAGUUGCAGAGGAUUAUGGGAUGUGUUGAUGACUCCUCCAUGGACACAAAAUAACACAAGAAACACUAUCUGACCAGCUGGCUGAACCCUAGUAAAAAGUAGAGGACCUAAAUUAUGUAUAUGUGGUACAGGGCCAAAAACAUUUUACAUGGUAGUGUUUGGAAAAACCACUACAGUAUUCUUCCAAAGGGCAUGGUAUCAACCUCCAAUCUGCCAGAUAAUGCUGGUUUCAAAAUGUAAUAAAAACUACCUCCUAAAUGGUUAAAAAUGCAAUAAAAUCUCUUAAUCACAUUGCAUUUUUAUAUCAAUUGGAAAGUAUUGUUAGGAAUGUAACAAUUGUUGCAUGGCAGACAUGUUGGUCAUUGUAACAUUAUGUCCAUAUGUUGACUAACCUUGACAAAAACAUGUUUUCUUUUUAGAGGAAUAUUAUCAUUUUGAGAAAUGUUGCGUUCAGUUGGUGCUAGCAGCAAUAUCAAAAUAUUAGUAUAGUGUU